UUCGCGCAGACUACGUGAUUUGCGCUGACUUAUCGCGAGAUGUGCCCACGUCACUUUUAGCGCGUAGUUUGUUGUCGGCGGAAGAGGUUCUAUCAAAGUUAGAAUAAAGUGUUUAAGUCGACUUUAGCACAAAAGAAACUUUCGAAAUUAGCAUUAAACUGAGGAAGGAGUACUUAAAGACGAUAUGGCGGAUUAAUGAAACCCUUAUUUUCAAUUCUGUGACUUUCAAUAACCAAGUGAAGAGAUGGAGCUUUCUCCUGUCUGCUCUGAGGACAUCAGCUCACAUGGAGGCAUUUUGAAAUCAGACACAGCUCACAGGAAAAGAAAGAUCUCAAAGGAUGUGGAGCUGGAUAUUCAGUCCCUGUACAAAGCUGUCCCUCAGCUCUCCAAAGUGUUUCUCAUCACGGACAAAAUUGGAGAAGGUACUUUCAGCUCAGUGUACUUGGGUGAAGCCCAGAUGCAUGAUGGGAGGAGAGAGAUGUUUGCACUGAAGCAUCUCAUCCCCACCAGCCAUCCGACACGCAUUGCUGCUGAACUUCAGUGCCUGACUUUGGCAGGUGGCAGGGAGAAUGUGAUGGGAGUGACGUACUGCUUCAGGAAGGAGGACCACGUUGUAAUCGUAAUGCCAUACAUGGAGCAUCAACCUAUUGUGGACAUCAUCGGGUCACUGAGCUUCGAAGAGGUCCGCCUGUACAUCUACCACCUGCUGAAAGCCCUGAAACACAUCCAUCAGUUUGGGAUCAUCCAUCGGGACAUCAAGCCAAACAAUUUCCUCUACAACAGGAAGCACAGAAUGUAUGCGCUUGUGGACUUUGGCUUGGCCCAGGGAACCGCUGACUCCCAGAUUGAGCUGCUGAAGGUGAUGAGACAGAAGCCGUCACAGAAAGGUGGAGGGCCGCCAGGGAAACAAGAAACAGCACAAAGAAGCAGAGCACUUCCUAAACCCCCUGUUAAGACCACCGGCACCGCUCCAACUUCACUGGCUCUACCUCCACACCAAUCAGUACCUUCUACCUCCUCCUCUUCCUCUCCCCGCAUCACCAUAUCCCCCCCAGCACCUGGGAAAGCACUGGUUAGAAAAGCACGGGCCACCUCCUACUCACGAACAAAACUCACAAAGGAUCUGGCAGGACUGCGCAGAGUUCCUCGACUGGUGUUUGGGGAGAGAAAUCUGAACAGCUGCACACCAGCGCCCCCUACCUCUAAGCAUGCACCACUUAAGACUGAAUCGCUAAAAGCCAACAAAACAGAGGAUGAGGCCAGCUACAAACACGCUUCAGCCAACCGGGUCCUGGUGUCUGUCAGGACAUCCAGCAGCAGCCAGAAACCCCAGCGGGCCCCUCAGCAGGGCCUCACAUGUAACUGCUACCUCACUGAUCGCGUCUGCAACGUCUGCCUGGCCAGAAAGCAGCAGGUUGCACCCAGAGCGGGGACUCCCGGUUUUAGAGCGCCAGAAGUCCUGACCAAAUGUCCCAACCAAGGCACAGCCAUAGACGUGUGGUCGGCUGGUGUGAUCCUGCUGUCCCUGCUCAGUGGCCGCUACCCCUUCUUUAAAGCCAGCGACGACCUGAUUGCCCUCGCACAGAUCAUGACCAUCAGAGGCUCCAGGGAGACCAUUCGGGCCGCAAAGACAUUUGGAAAAGCAGUGGUGUGCAGCCGGGAGCUUCCUCGCCAGGACCUCAGGACGCUUUGUGAGAAGCUGAGAGGACUGAGGUCUUCAGCGGACGUCACCAUGGUUCCAGAAGCAGGUGGAGAGACGUCCGCCGCCCGCAGAAACACAGACCAAGAUGAAACUCCAACACAUUCCUCCAACGGCCCUCAGCUCAACACGCACAAAGGAGAAAUCAGUGAAACUCGCCCAGAACACCACGAACAUUCAGGUAGCAGCAAAGCCCCAACCAAUCAGAGCUCCCCGUCAGAGAGUAAAGUGGGGGACGAUAAGAAGGGCUGGGACAGGGUUCCUGACGAGGCCUUUGACCUUUUGGAUCUGCUGCUGGACCUAAACCCUUCCACUAGGAUCACAGCUGCUGAAGCUCUGCAGCAUCCUCUCUUUAAGGAUCUGUGACGCAGAGUUUCAUACCAGCUGUCAACAGGAUGAGAGUGUGUGGCUCUCCAGGCUGGGAUUUGGACUUUUAAUGAUAAAUAAUUCACAUGAUUGUUUAGCAGGGUAAGAGUUCAUAUAGGAGUGAAGAAGUUAUGAGACUUUUAUAUAAAACAUUGAUGUAAAUAAAGUUUAGACAUUUUUCAUGGCAGUCAUGAUGUAAACUUUUGAGCUGUUUUAUGUAGUUUGAAAACUUUCAUAUAAACAUUUGAGGGCUUUUAAUGUGAAAUAAUUAGUUACCAUGCGAGUACUUUGAUUUCUACUGGGUUAGCUGCUGUCAUUAAUAGUAUUUAUUUAUAAAGAAAUGUCUCCUUUUUAAGAUUUUUGUCAUAAAAUCUGGCUCAGACCACUGCACCUCCUGCUUUUUACUACCUGAAACAAUAGAGCCAUGCUCUUUCAACUUGAAACUUACCACCAGAACUGCAUGUGCCAUAAUCAUCCUAUAGCAACUUCUGUUCUAAAGCAGACUUUUGAGUUAGAACCUAUGCAAACACAUCUAGUAAUUUGUGGAAAUGUGCAACUGAGGAACUUAGAAUCUAUUAUUUUUGUAGUUGUCAUAAAUCCUUGCAUGAUUCUUGGUUGGUGGUGCUUAUAUGAACUCUCUAGUUUCCCGGUUUAGACAUUUAAACAUUACGUACAUUUUCAAUAGUGUUAAAGGUUGAGGCUUCUCCAAAAGCUUGAAAUCAACUUUUUUGGUGGUAAACUGUAAAUAUGUUUUUAAGGGUGCUAUCUUUGUGUGAUUUUAAUUUUGUGAUAUUUAGCCUAAAACCAUCUCACAUCUGGUCUCCUGAGGUUGAAUAGUGACCAAUUGAAUUUUCCUAUUGGUUACAACGGUACAGCGACUCCACAGCUCUGCCAUAGAUAUAAAACCAUCUCAGACACACGCCUCCUAGUGGCAAGUCAGGAAAUUGAAUAGUGAGCAGGACAGAUAUCUGCUGUCCCCUAAAAAAAAAAAGUCUCUAGAUUUGUUAGUUGAUCCAAAGAUCUCCACUUUUGUCUGAAUUUAAAAGCAAGAAAUUUAGUCAUCUAAGUUUGUCUUUUCACUAAGACAUUCCUUUAAUCUACCUAACUGGAUUUAUAUAUAUGGAUGGAUGGAUGGAUGGCACAGCACAAGAACCCUGUAGUACUCCAAAAGUAACCCUAGGGUCUAGUGAAUGAACAACAUGAAUUGACAUUCAUACCAACAAUACAUUUAAGUAAAAAUCUAAACAAGACUGUUUGUAAUGACAUGACAUAAAACUGUCACUGGGCCUAAUGGAAACAUCUUUAGACUUUGCUAAUAUAUGUAUAAAAAUGGUGAAUUAUCACAUAGUAAUAAAACCACAGAUUGAAUCAAA